CCUCUUUCCUUGGAACUAUCCUCUUUAAAAAUCAGCUGCAAAGUCAUUUUACUGUCAGUCUUCAGUCACCCAGUCUAAGUCUGAUUUUCUCUUUACACUGAAUAACUCUUUUCAUUGAAUGUAGACAGUUAUGGCUACGCCAGUAGAUCCAAAUGACCGUCCUCUUUUAUUCAUUGCCAAAUACAAGUGUGAUAAAUGUGGUCACAAAUGGAAAGUCAAGAGGACAAAUGGUGGCAGGAAGAGGUGUCCAAUAGAUUCUAGUCAUAGUAUUUUGCCUGUACUACCUACCAUACAAGAAGAUUCCUAUCAAUAAACUGGUUGUUUACAAAUGUUUACAAUGUUCAAGAGAAAUAAAAGAGACACGCUGCAAAAAAGAAGUUAACCAAGUUCCUUACUGUAGAGUUUGUAACUGUGACAUGAUAUUGGUUUCUUGCAAAAAUUUAAAACCUGUAAAAAGGAUGUUUGGAGAAUUUUGUUGUGAGAAAUGUGGACGAGAAUGGAAAAGUGGCAAUGCAUGGGAGGGCAAAGGCCAAGAAUGUAAUAAAUGCAAUAAGAUGAUUUAUCCAUUUGAACUCAGUCCUUUGAAGCCACCAGAAUUUCCUUAUGAGCAUAGGGAUCCACAUGAUCAAAACCGCUGUGAAAUGUGCAAGGAACUUGGUAGAAAUUGCAGGGGCCUUAGUUCAUAUGCAGAAAAUCUAGCUAGUAGUGAAGAGCUACCACCAGAAGAGGAUGAAGAUAAUUUGAGCGUCAUUACGGACACAUCCAGUGCUCUGAGUAGUGUGAGGGAUAGAUCUUUCUCACCAGAAGAUGACUUAAAUGACGAUGACCUAGAAGACAAUUUAAAUGGUGAUGACCAAGAAGAUUAUUUAAAUGAUGAUGACCAAGAAGAUGAUUUAAACAAUGAUGACCUAUCUCCUGGCGAUGGUGAUUUGACCCCUACUGAACAUGAUCCUGGUCCGGAUGAUAUUGGUGCAAAAGCUGCUGAAGAACUUGCCAAGCUGUCGUUUAACAAUAGAAAGAAGUAAUCAUAGCUGAAGAAUAAUAAACUAAAUGAAUUAGUCAUUGAUAAUGUACUCUUGUCUCUUGAAAAUGUCUAUAUAGUAUUGUUUUACUUUACAUUUAAUUUGCUUUAUAUACACUAUUACUAUAUCAAUGGUUUCUUGCAGUUUAUAGUAUAUAGCAUAUGACACAUGAUGAUUGACCUUCA